AUGCAGUUCUUCAUAGCCACUCUGGCCCUUGUCGGCUCUGCCGUCGCCUUCCCUCAAUCUUACUCUAUCCUUCCUACUUCGUCAGCCACUCCUAUGUCGUCGACCCCUGUUUCGUCGACCCCUGUCUCGUCAACCCCUGUCUCGUCGACCCCUGUCUCGUCGACCCCUAUCUCGUCGACCCCUGUCUUCACUUCCAAGCCUUCUUCGUCCUCUGCGGUACCCGAGUGCAGCGUCGACUCUGACGGCGACAACGGCAACCACAACGGCUGGUGCAAGGGGGCCAACCACUGGGGCACCUACAAGAACGGCAAGAGCGGCGACGCUGACGACCUCGGCCCUAGCGAGGAGAACUAA